GUCCUCAUCAGGGGAAACGCCGACCUGGAGGCGCGCGGCGGCGAUGGCUGCACGGCCAUGAAUGCCGCGGUCUGGGCCGCCACGAACGACGACGCAGCGGAUUCCCUGAUCACGCUCUUAGACGCCGGCGCAGACCCCAACAGCGGCACAGCCGACAAUUCGGAGCGCCGUCCCGCCCAACCAAUUCGCAUAACCUCUCAAAUCAUCCAGCCGCCCCUGAGCCAAGCCGCCCACUCGGGCAACAUCCGGGCAGCGUCUCUCCUACUCCUACGCGGCGCGAGUCCUAAUAGGAUGGACGGGUUGGGAGACACGCCGCUGCACACCGUGUCCGGCAGCAUCAGUCCGGCCAACGACAAAGUCACCAGAAUGUUGAUCGAGGCUGGGGGGGACGUGAACGCCCGGGGGUUCCUUGGGGCCACGCCCCUGCUGGCGGCGGCCAGGCAGGGCAACCUGGGAGCCGCCAGGAUUCUGCUGGAGGCGGGGGCGGACCCGUCGGUGGCGAGCGACCAAGGGGUGGGCGCUGCCGGGGCGGCGUGCGAUUGCGCGGAGACGGGGGAGGCGUUUGACUUGUGGGUGUGCCCGCUAGGGGGCUGCGAGCACGCGGGCACCAGGGAAGCCAUGGUGAGGCUGCUGUCCGGCUGA